CCACCACCACCGCAUCCCAUUCCCCUUCCGGAUAGGUAGAUAGAUACACAGAUAAAAAUCAGUCCACGCGACACGCAACAAAAUGCGAGCGCAACGCGACCCCAACCCAACGGCGUGAGUGCGCAGCACACGCAGAUCCCAUUUAACUCUCAACUCUCCCUGCACCGCCCCACACACACAGACAGACACAGAGCGGUGGGAGGCGGCGGCCGCGCUCCAGUCCACUCGCACUCCCACCACCGCCCCCACCACCGCCCGCCGCCGGCCGCGCGAGAUGGCCUCGGGGGCGUCGACCAGCAUGGUGCUGACGCUGCUGGGCUUCUGCGUCAGCGUCCUCUUCAUCGUCUUCGUCUGCACCAGGCUCGUCUGCGCGCUCGUGCGCCGCCGCCGCCGACGCCGCCGCGCCUCGCCCAUGCCGCCCGGCUUCCCGCCCCUCGCCGCCAACUACUUCUUCGCCGUCCAGGUCGACCACCUCGGGGCCGCGGGGCCCGCCGCGGGGGGGCUCGACCCCGCCGCCGUCGCCGCCUUCCCCACCCGCGCCUUCUCCGCCGCAUGCGGCUCACCCACCUCCUCCAACGCCUCCGACGCCGCACCACAGUGUGUCGUCUGCCUUGCAGAAUACGAAGAUAAAGAUGUGCUCCUCACACUCCCUUACUGUGGCCACAAUUUUCAUAUGGCCUGCAUAGAUGCUUGGCUAAAGCAGCACUCAACAUGCCCAGUCUGCAGAAUUUCACUGUCUGACUAUACUGAUAGCAAGCACACGGUGCCCCCUUUACCAAGUGCAGUGAUGAUACCUCCUUAUUCGCCUGAAGCAUCAAUAAGUGAUCCAUGCCACUGCCUGUUUGUCGGCACGGGCCAUUCGCCAAGGCCAUCAGAGGUUCUUCGAAACGAACCCGACCAGGCGAAUCAGACAGUGCCUGGUCCAUCCCUGGACGGGCCAAACAACUUGACACUGUCUGAGGUUACCACUCCUGGGGAAAUAACAACCAAACAGUAAAAUAGCACAUGGAGAGUCCCUAUAUUCUCAAGAGGUCGUGAUCAGCCCAGCUAAGACCCUCCAAGCAGCUGCUUGGAGCUUAUGUGCAGCCUGAUGCACCGUACGGGUAGCAGCCUGUAAACUUAGAAACAUCCGCGCAUGUGGAUGGAUGGAAGUCUGUCUCUCUGUUAUAGGUUAGUUUUCGCGGGGUUCGAUGUAAAUAUGAGAAAUCGUAUGGGUUUCUUGUUGAAAGCCACAUUUAUUUGAUAAUCAUACUCAAAACAGGCCAUUGUAUCCAAUAGCUUAUCCCAUCUAUGGUAGCCCACUGAGAAUUUUUGUACUA